UUUUUAUUCUUAAUUCUUGUAUUUUUCCUUUUAAAUUUAUUAACUUUUGUUAUUCAUUGUAUAUAAAAUUUUUCUAAGUGUCCGGUAUAAGCUUUUCUUAUAUUUCCAAAGCAGACCCUUCCAUAAAUUAUUUCAAAUCAAAACUUUUAUCGUAUUCUUUUAUAUCCACAAGCUCAUUUUUUAUUUAUUUUUGUUCUUUUUUGUCUACUUUAGCAUUACUUAUACAUUCAUAUUUCAUAAAAUACUCACAUUAAUAGAAAUAGCACCCAUCAUCAGCCGAUCCUGUAUAGCAGAAUCUUUUAUCUGCUGCCCAAACGCAGUCUUUAAUUUAAAUACAAUCUUCACAAUAUAUUUUUUAUUCACAUUUUGAAUAAGGAGGAGGUAUUCGCGUCAAUAUAUUGAAUAUGGAAUCCUUAAAUUUAUCUAUAGACUUAUCAUAUAUAUCUAUUUCAUAUAACAUAAUAGUUACGGCUAAAUUUACUAGUAUUUCGUGGUUUUAUUCUAUUAUCAUUUAAAGCUAAUUUAAAUAAUUAGAUAAAUACUAAGCUGUGUGGAUAAAAUAAAGUUUCAAAACGUCGCUUUUUUAUUGAAUUAUUUUUUUAUUAUCAUCUACUAGUUUUUAAAUGCGGUUUAAAUUAUCUAUAUAUUAUUCUUAUGUCAUAUUUUUGAGAUUUUAUUUCGAUAUUUGCAUUUCUUCUUCGAAAUCUUUCUUAUCAAAUGGUAUUUUUAGUAAAUUAGGAUCAUAUUG